UCGACCAAAGACUAGCACAUUGUAUGUAAAUAGUUAUAACCAACUGUUUCAUAUAUAUGCUAAGAGAGUAAACUAGUUAAGAUGAAUAUCCUGCCUCUGCUGAAGCCUUUGCUUUUCUUGCUUGUAAUUGUGUUCCCCAGUAUUGUUGAACCAAUUAGCAAAGCAGCCGAUGAUCAGGACUGCCCAGUUCAGAGGUGUAGGCAUGAUGGUCCCCUUAUCCAGUUUCCAUUCCGUCUACAACACUAUCCCCUUCACUGUGGCCAUCCAGAGUUUGAGGUUUCCUGCAGCAGCUUCACCAACAUGACCAUGAUGGAGCUUUCCUCAUCAUCAGGAUUCUUUCCAAUACAAACAAUCGAUUACGAGAGUCAACAGUUUCGUGUGUAUGAUGAGGAUGGUUGCCUCCCGAGACGCCUUCUUAAUUUGAAUCUCUCCUUCUCGCUCUUUCAACCAUCACCAGAUUACCGAGAUUGCGGUUCCUAUUACUAUUACGAAAACAAUUUGAGGGACUUGACGUUGUUAAAUUGUACCACUAUCACGGCACAAAUCCUUACCAGCGUGGAGAUCAAAUGUCUGAGUGUCCCAGGGCAUUACCAAGUUCUGGCUGUUAAUCGGUCUUUUGAUAUAUCUCACUUGGUAGGCAGUGCUUGCUCUUCUUUGGCAGAACUCUUUCUUCCAUUUGGACGUAUGCAGGAUGAUAGCUGUGAACCAGACACUGGUUUAUUGCUGGAAUGGAGUGAAUCGCAUUUCCCAGAAUGUCAAAACUGUAGAGGAAGGUGCUAUUUCAAUUACAGCAGCAAUCAAGUCUUGAAGUGUUAUCCUCCCAUUCCCAUUCCCAUUCCCAUUCUCUUACAAAAACACAAAGGUCUAUCAACUGGGUUUCUUGUCAUGGGAGUGAGUGUAUGUGGGUUUGUUGUCUUGUCAACUACGGCGGUAGCCAUCUUUUACCAUUUAAAGCAAUCAAUAAAGAGGAAAGAGGAAAAGGAGAAUCAAAGAAAGAUUGAAAAGUUCCUAGAUGAUCACAAGUCCCAUGUACCAACAAGAUACUCCUAUGCUGAUAUAAAGAAGAUGACAAAUGGAUUCAAGAAGAAGUUGGGUGAAGGCGGUUUUGGAAGUGUUUUCAGUGGAAAGCUUCCGAGUAAUGGAGUUCCGGUAGCCAUUAAAGUCCUCAAGGAUUCUAAAGGAAAUGGAGAUAAUUUUGUUAAUGAAGUGGGAACCAUCGGCAGAAUUCACCAUGUUAACGUGGUUCGACUGCUUGGGUUUUCAGCUGAAGGAGGGAAGCAUGCUCUUAUUUAUGAACACAUGCCAAACAGGUCCCUAGAGAAGUUCAUCAAAUCUAGAGGAUCAAAUAAUAGCAGGAGUUCAUUUAACUGGGAGAAACUUUGCAACAUCAUCACAGGUAUAGCAAAGGGAAUCGAGUACCUUCACCAAGGGUGUGACCAGAGGAUUCUCCACUUUGAUAUCAAGCCUCACAAUAUCUUGUUAGACCAUGCCUUUAAUCCCAAAAUUUCUGAUUUUGGAAUGGCUAAACUCUGUUCCAAGGAAGAUAGUGUUAUAUCUAUGACUACUGCCAGAGGCACCGUGGGCUACAUUGCACCUGAAAUAUUUAAUGGCAACUUUGGAACCGUCUCCUACAAAUCGGAUGUGUACAGUUUUGGGAUGCUAGUUCUUGAAGUUAUUGGAGCUAGGAAGAAAGCUGCCGAUACAUCUAGCGACAAUGAGGUGUAUUUUCCUGAAUUGAUUUACAAGUGUCUGAUCCAAGGAGAAGAGUUGGAUUUGGAGCUAGCUGAUGAUGGAGAUGCUCAGAUUGCUAACAGAUUAGCAAUUGUGGCACUUUGGUGCAUCCAGUGGUACCCGGUGAAUCGCCCUUCCAUGAAGGCAGUUGUUAGAAUGCUGGAAGGACCCUCUGAAAGCUUGAUCAUGCCACCCAAUCCGUUUGCUUCCACAACUCAGAUGGAACCAACAACAACCCCAUCAAGUUGAUUAGAAACAAUGUUAAGUAGGUGAUUUCACUAAUGCUUGUCUACAUGCCUGCAUUCUAAAGGUGAACUGGUGUUGAUCCUAAAAUAAUCCACUGCAAAUAGUUUUUGUUAAAUUGUAUCUCAG